AUGGCCACGGAGCCGCCGCCGCCGCGCCCGCUGCCGCCCCCCGAGGGCCGCUCCCCGCCAGGGGGCGCCGCCGCCCCCGCCCCGCCCCCCGCCAACCGCCGCCCCAAGCCCCACGGCGCCCCCGCCUGGACGGGCGACAAACACCGCUUCCUCAACGGCUGCCUGCCCCUCCCCCACCAGGUGGCCGGGCACAUGUACGGCAAGGACAAAGUCGGUAUUUUGCAGCAUCCGGAUGGCACAGUCUUGAAACAGCUGCAGCCGCCACCUAGGGGGCCAAGGGAGCUGGAAUUCUAUGGCAUGGUAUAUGCUGCAGAUUGUGGUGACAGUGUUCUUCUAGAGCUUCGGAAAUAUUUGCCAAAAUACUAUGGCACCUGGUCACCUCCUUCUGCACCAAAUGACUUAUACCUAAAACUGGAAGAUGUGACCCGUACAUUUAACAAACCUUGUAUAAUGGAUGUCAAAAUAGGGCGAAAAAGCUAUGAUCCCUAUGCUUCUUCUGAGAAGAUUCAGCAGCAGGUCAGCAAGUACCCUUUAAUGGAAGAGAUCGGGUUCUUGGUGCUUGGCAUGAGGGUUUAUCAUGCCCAUUCUGACAGCUAUGAGACCCAUAACCAGCAUUAUGGAAGAAGCUUAACAAAAGAAACAAUAAAAGACGGUGUGUCCAGGUUUUUCCACAAUGGAUAUUGUUUGAGAAGAGAUGCUGUUGCUGCCAGUAUUCGGAAGAUUGAGAAAAUUCUGCAGUGGUUUGAAAACCAGAAGCAACUUCACUUUUAUGCAAGUUCAUUACUGUUUGUUUAUGAAGGUUCAUCUCAGCCGAUAGCUAAACGAUUGAGUGAUGGAACUUUUUCAGAAAAGAGAUUUGUGCCCAAAGGACAGUUGUCAGAGGAAGAAGUACUGGAAUACAAUAAUAAUAUUCACUUGUUAAGUUCAACAGAGAAUGGGAAAGUAGAAGCACCAGUAGGCAAAAAAAGCUUAGCCAAAAUGUAUGUCCGUCACAAAGUGUAUUCUAAAAAGCACCACAGUCAGAUCUCAUUAAAAGUUGAAAACAUGGAACAAGACAAUGUCUGGAAAAGCAGUACUUGUGUGUCACAAGAACAUUUAAACGGAAAUGUAUUACCCCAACUGGAAAAAGUUUUCUGCCACCUGCCUACUGAGCUGACGGAAAAUGUAGAAGUACGGAUGAUUGAUUUUGCCCAUGUUUUCCCUAGCAACACAAAAGAUGAGGGAUAUGUUUAUGGGCUGAAACAUUUAAUCACUGUACUCCAAAAUAUUUUAGAUAAUUAAAUUCUUUGUUACAUUCUUUUUACUGGGGCCAUUGAAAAUGAAGAGCAGCAGCAACACAUUUCUGCACCGGUAAUGAUGCUAUGUAACUGGUUUGUAUUGUGAUUCUACUACAUUUCGUCUUUGUACUUUGGGUAGAAGGGGUAACUUUUUUAAAAUCUUACUCAGGAAAAUUAAUUAGUAGCUCAAUAGGAAAACUUAUGAAAGAAUGAAGGGUUUUAGAACAUUAAGCAAGGAAUGUGCUGGUACAUGAAUUUGUCAAAUAACUGCUUGGCCCCAAGGAAAUCAGAAUAGUUUUUCUGUCUUUAAAGGUUGAGUUAGCGCUCUGGGACUAAUUCAUCAUUAAAGUUCUCUGUCCACCCAACCUUGAUUUGAGCCAUAACUAAACUAGAAAAUUAUUUAGCUAAUAAGCUAAAAAUUAGAAAGCACAGGUUAAUAUCCUCAGUAUUAUUGUCUAUGGCUCAUGGCCAAGUUUAUUUAAACUGAGGAAGUUCUCCUUUCAGAAAGGAAAUUCUAAGUUUAGACCAGCAUAUCAAAAGGUGCUUAGUAACAUAGUAUAAUAUUGUUGCAUUCUAAAAACAAGUUUUCCUUAAUUUCUAAGUGGGAAAAACAACUAUAUAAUGCUUAUGCAAUGUGAUUGAAAUAAUGGGAAGAACAAUCUCUAAAUACAGAAGUACUUCUACUAAUUACCAGAGCUUACUUAAAUUUUAAAUUUUGAAAAAAUACUUUUAAAACUCCUUUCAUAUGGGGUAAGUCUCAAGCUUAUUUGUAUUGCCUCCUGAAGAUGAUGUGAAAAGUAUUUUAUUACAUUUUCUCCAUGGUAAUUCCUAAAACUCACUAAUGGGAGGAGGUGACACUCUACUUUUUGUAAUUUAUUUUUCUUUUUAAUAAAACUCCUUUGUGUUAUAAGUAAUAAACAUUUAAUGCUUUUUGAACGGGGCUGUAUUCUGAAUUACUUUUCUAGAGUGAAAGUGCUUUCAACAGCUCUCUGGAAAAUAUAGAGGGUGAGAUUACCUUAAAUCAAGGGAAAGUACAUAACAGGCUCCGAUCAGUAAUUCCAACCUCAGUUAAUUUUUAAGACCACCUCUGCCAGAAGGAUGGAGCAGUAGAGAAGGUGAAUGGUUAAAAUGCCUCCAAUUGCUUUAUGUUAUUUUGGCAGGUUCCAUCUGAGCCUGCUUUUUUUAGGGCAUAGAGUCAUGAGGAAAAUAUUUUGCUGUGUUAGAAAUAUAGUGUGUCUUGUGCUUUGAGGUGUUACUUAGAGUCCAGUACGUUUAUCCUAAAAUCCAGUUUUCAAUUACUCAAAAACCAUUUGAUUCAACAUUCCAUAUAAACUCCUACCUGACUGAUCACAUUUUUAUAAACAGCUCUGCAGGUUCUAGUAAAUCCUACCUAACUCUAGAAAAAAUGCCAGUUGAAACUGAACCUUAAAUAUUAAUGGAAAAGAACAUCUAAAGUUUGUAACUGGGGGUUUUAGAAUAAAAAUUGUUGGGCUUGCAGUGAAAUUACAUUCCACAUACAAUUUUGAAAUAGAAUUUUCUAGUAGACUCACUGUUGGACUUUGUUUUCCUGUGGAUAAAGUUGUCUUGGUUUGGCUAUGAUAAGCUAGUGAGGACUCAAAAUGAUUCUAAGAUAACUUUAGAAAAUAUCAAAAAUUAAUUGGCUUGAAAGGUAAAGCUAUUGACAUUUCAAUUUCAGUUCUUCCUUGAAGAAAUUUAAAAUAAUUAGAGUUCCAACUGUCUUUUUACUGUGAGCUCAAAUCAGUUUAAUUCAUGACCUUGAGAGUGUGCGUAAUGUAGGUUAGAUAUGCUUGGACAUGUUCCUUGUUUAAAAAAGUAGAGUAGUAAGAGAAACCAAAUUUUUUUUUCUUUUUUAGCAUUCAUUUGAUUUUUAUUACUGGCAUUUUGACUCAGUUAAUUGAUACGUAGUUUUACCAAUUUGCCAUAUUCUUGGACAAGAUAUGCUUUGCCAUUGUGGUCUCCUUUCUCUUCAUGUAAUAGAAGUUAGCAAGAACAGAAUACUGCAUUUUAAUUUCUGGACAAAGUUAUUUUACCUACCGCCACCCCCAAUCAAAAUUUUGGUAAUUUCAAAAUGCCCAGAACUUCUACGAGGUGUGAGUGGACAGAAAACUGCAGUUAUAUUCAAAUAUCCAAUUAUUAUUUCAAAGCAGAAAGCUUAAUUGUGGAAUUGGUUAUGGAAUUUUGACACUAGUACUUGGACUUCUGCUCUAUUUUCUCUCAAACAGUGCAAGAAGUUUCCUCAAGUAGUUGUAAAGCUUUAAUGCCUUGUGGGGAUGAAUAUGCUUGGGUUGGUAUUGUUUGUGAUAGUUAUGUUAAAUUUUCAGGGUUCUUACAUACAAUCAUUAAAAUCAUUAGUUUCCAUUCGUUAAAGCUGACACUUAAAACACUAUUUUUAAUAGCAAGAAACUUUUGAAUGGAAAGAGUAUCAACAUAUUUACUGUGAGUUUAAUAAACUUGCCUAGUAUCUGCAGAUUUUUUUGCACAUUUUAGAUUAGACUCUGAAAUAUUUAAUCAGUUUUCUGUUUCUCAUUUGUACUUGGAAAUGUUGGUAUUUUUAUGAAACCAGUAUCUCAAUUUUUUGCUGAUAUUGUGAUCACUAAAAUCUUUACAAAGGGGAUAACUGUACUUCCUGUGUUUUUUCAGGAAUGGGAUUAAAGUGUGAUUCUUUGAUAUUUUUUUCUUUUUUUUGGUUGUUGUUUACAGUUUUACAUCAUGGUCACCUAAGCAGCCCCCACUUUAUAUAUUUUUUGAAAGUCAUCACACAUGAAACCAAAUUGGCAAUUGUCUUAUUAUCCCUGGUUAGAAAAAAAUAUCCUAUAUGAAUUUUGGGUUAAAUUGACCACCAAAUGUGGGAAUUAAUGAUAACUAUUCCUCAUUAUCAAAGGGGUUUAAGCAAUAAGCAUGAAAAAUGUAAGUAGUUUUAACAAGGUUAUUAGUUGUCAGAAGAGGACGCAUUGCAGGCAUUGAUUUCAGUGAAUCCCUUGUGAAUUUAUUCCUCAAAAGACUUUCUGAGUAAUUGUGAAAAUUGUGAAUAAGUUUUUCUAUUAAAAAUUACAUGUACAAUAGUUUUUAUAACAAAGUACUUACAUUAUUGGUAUUUUUGGAUAUGAGUGGAAGUUGCAAAGUUUCAAAUGAAUUGCAAAAUAUUAUACCAUUAUGAAGUGUUAAAUAUUUUAUCUAAAUAGUUUUACAAAAAACAGUUAAACAUAUUAAAUAGCUUUAAUAUGGAGCUUGUGGUGUCUUUAACCCAGUAUUCAUUAUUUUUGGUUAUAUAUGCCCAGCAGGACUGUAUUUUUGCUUCUUCUUUACACUACUUCAGUCACUAUUUUGGGAUUUAGGUAGUCUUCAAUUGAAUAGUAAGUUAUUUUUCAUUCAAUUUGGAUUAACUGAAUAUUAAAUAGUAGGUUGGCAUUAGUGAGUACUAUAAUAUAGCUAUCCUUUUGAGCUCUCCUUAUAAUAUUGAUAUCUACUGUUCUCAUAAUCUGAUAUCAUAGAAAGGAAUGAGUUUCUAGGAGUCUUGAAGUGUUAGCUACAGCCUUCCCUGCCUAUACCACUGAUAAUAGUAUGUUCUAUUGUUUCAAAUGGAGGAAAGAGGUAAGGACCACCAAGGGAUUUUAUUGGAAUUAUCCCAGAAAACUAACAAAGUUACUAACUUCAUAAAUGGUUGUCCAUCUAAUAAGUAAAUUAUUCUGUAUUUAUAUUUGAGCUUUAUAGGCAAAUUAUUCCAUAUUUCCAUUUUUAGAAUUGUAUUUGCAUACUUGAUUGUUUGCACUGCUUCGCAAUAACCUUUCCCCACCGAGUGCCUUCAGUCUUUGAUUUGGUACCAUUAUAACCUCACAUUUGAAGCAUCUAUGAUGGCUCAAAAGUUGGAUUUUUUUUCCUUUUAAGAUGUUUUGAUUUCAUCAGUUUGUUUGGAUGUCACAUUCCCAAGAAAUAACUGCUCACAUGCUUUUACCUAAUAUAGGAAAUGCAGUGGACACUCAAAAUUGUCACCAUGCAGAAAAGUAAUGAUAUAUGAUCUAUGGUGAACAUCAGCACUGUAGUUUUGUAAAACAAAUGUGCUAGAUACUUAAGGAUAAUGCUUAAGUGCAUUAAAUGGGAAAGAGAAAAAUAUAAACAGUAUUAAGGGUUAGGAUGGGGGUUAUUAAAAUAUCUUCAAAAGGUAGGUUAGGAUUAUAUUGUAAAGCAGUGUCAGAUCUCAAUUUGGGAAGGUGGGUAACAGUUUCGGAUGACUUUUUGGCCUUAAGUUUUCAUAAAUUUCCAUGAAUAUGGUACGUUCUGCUUAGUGUCCUUUCAGUUUGUUUAAUGUUGUAAAGCAUUACUGUGAAAUACAUUCCAUUACAUAUCCGUAAGAAAAAUACUGCACACUUUUUAUUGUAUAUAAAUGUUGUUGACUGAAACUUCAGUAUUUAUUUUAGACUCUUAACAUUUUUAAAUGAUUAAUUUUGGGGGUCUGAUCAUGAGUAUAAAAUUACUUUUGGAAGUGUAAGUGAAGUGAUUUUGCUGUUAGAUAGAAACAAUAAAUGACCUGUUAAUGUUUCUGAUAGGUUGGAGUUGAUGAGUAUUGGAGUCAGUUAUUCCUGGUGGUUGUGCUAGAAUCCUCACUCGAUUACACAGGAAUAAGGGAACAUUCAGAUCUUUAUUUUAAAUGUUGUAAUCAUGGAGGUUGAAUUUAAAUAUGGUGUUUUACUCCAGUAUGUAUUAACAGUUUUAAUAUGAAGUGAACAAUUCUAAGAAUGAUGUACAUUGCAUCUGCGUAGAAUUGAAAGUGGAGUGCACAGAGACACUUUAAUACACUGGAAGCUGUACUGGAAGAUUUCUGAAAGCAUGUGAAAUUGCACCUGCAGUUGUGUUAUUAACUGGUGAUUAUAAAAACUGCAAUGCUCAAUUUAUUGUACUUGAUGAAUGAAUGUACCUAGUAUGGUCUGUUUCUUUGGAUAAAUGUCUAAAUUAUGUCUCUUUUGUUUUAUAAAAAUGUGUUUGUAAUUCACACUGAUUUUUUUUUUCUUGCCAUUAUUGGACUGCAGGGGGUAUUGUGGACGUGUGGUCAUUAUUUUAUAGAAUACUAUACAAUAUACCAAUUUUGUAAUUUAAGUUAUAGGUAGAGAAUUCUAAUAAGUGUAUAUUUGGCAAACGAUUAAAGUUUUCUGCAGUGGA